AUGGGGUUAGAGAAUCGCUGGUUAAAAUUGUCUCUAGCACAAAGUCAAACGGAGACGAAUAAGACGAAUUCGAAAAAGAAGAAACCGAAUUUGAAGUAUUUAUGGAAAUGGAUAAUAUAUCCAUCCAAGAAAGUUAUGAGCAUUUUUUUGGUUAAUCUCAUUACUUUACUUUACGCUAGUAACAUACCAGUACUGAAAGAGGUUGAGGCGGUUGUCGACCCUGCAGCAUUCACUGUUGUGAGAUUUGCUGUUGCAGCCAUUCCAUUUCUCCCAUCUGUUUGGAGAGCUCGGGGUGACUUUCCAACCUUCAAAUCGGGUGCUGAGUUGGGCUUAUGGGCUAGUUUAGGCUAUCUCAUGCAGGCUCUUGGACUGCUGACUUCUGAUGCUGGGCGUGCAUCCUUUAUUGCUAUGUUUACGGUAAUUGUUGUUCCCCUAAUUGAUGGUAUGCUAGGAGCGCUUAUUCCUGCUCGUACUUGGUUUGGAGCUUUUGUGUCAAUUAUUGGGGUUGGAUUGCUGGAAUGCAGUGGCUCACCUCCAUGUGUUGGUGAUUUGUUGAGCUUUUUAAGCGCUUUAUUCUUUGGUAUACACAUGCUAAGAACUGAACGUAUAUCAAGGAAAACAGACAAAAAGGACUUCUUGGCAGAACUUGGGUACGAGGUAUGCGUUGUUGCUUUGUCAUCUCUUCUAUGGUAUUUGAUUGGAAGCGCAAUUAAUAGUAUCCCGGAUCAUCAUCCUUUAUCAUGGACAUGGAAAAUGUUCUUGGAGUGGAUUGUGGAAUUCCCUUGGAUACCGGCUUUAUAUACAGGUGUGUUUACAACGGGCCUAUGCUUGUGGAUCGAGAUUGCAGCAAUGCGUGAUGUAUCGGCGACAGAAGCUGCAAUAAUCUAUGGAUUGGAGCCAGUAUGGGGUGCUGGCUUUGCAUGGUUUCUCCUUGGUGAAAGGUGGGGUGUCUCAGGAUGGUUCGGUGCUGCUCUUGUUCUAGGUGGAAGUUUAACCGUACAGAUUGUUGGGGCUUCAUCUCCCACUUCAUCUGACCGUUCAACGAAUGAAAAGGAUAUACCGCUUGCUUCAGAUACGCAGAAAGGGCUUUCUGCUUCUUCUGUUCCAAUUAGCACCGGAAAAGAUGUCACUGAACUGCUAAAGAAGUCAUUCUUGCCAGAUAUAUAUCAGUUAACAUACAUCUAACAUAGUUUAGUGAUAUGUACUUGGAAUAUAGCUUAAUCAAAUAUUUAGAAAUCAUUUUAUGUGCUCACCAAAUAUUGCCUAACAAGGAGAAACUCAUGUCAAAAUCAACAGAGAAAUGAUGAAUGAGAGUAUUUUUAUA